GGUUGCUCAUCUUUUUAAGCCUCCUCUAGGUGGAAACGCCUAAGAGAGAGAGAGCGAGAGAGGGGGGAUGUGCCUGCCAGCAUUCAUCAACCCAUCUCCUACUCAUCCUCCUCCCAUUACUCUCUUUUCCUUGAAUUUCUCUGGUAAGAUUAUAAUGGCAGCAGAUUGGGAAAAUCUCCAUUUCACAUAAGGAACCAAAUCUUGACGUCAAGGUAUUAGCUGUCUCUGCCAGCAUCUUCACCUACCUUUCAAUUCAAUUCUUGCAUUUCUCGAUAACAUCUACUGUCUCCUCUAUUUUAAACUGCAAGUAUUAAUUGACCAGCCACACUGCCAACGCUAUUCUCUUCAUGCACUACCCGUCACUACGCUUAUACCCACAACCAGUAACUCCCAAAAAAAAUUAAAAAAAAAAGAGAAGUAACAUCCUCUCUUUCUCUUCUUGUUGCCUUUAAAAUGCAGACCCAAUUCCCAGCUACAUUGACAACACACAACCACAACAUUGAUCACUGUCUUGUGAGCCUGACCUUUGACUCCUCACGAGAAGAAAAAAUUCCCAGUAGUGGGAGAUUUAGUGCAACUUCAAGCAUUAUGGGGUCUAUUUCUUCAUCACCACCUUCUUCUGCUCUCAUUGGGGACUACAUUGGCGUUGAGAGCUGUCUUGAUCUGAAAAACAAUGACGAUAUCUUCAAAUCUUCAUCAGAGGUAGAAAAGAGUCAGGGUUUCUGUCUACGACGUAGUAAGAGGGAUCAAAGUUGUGCAGUGAAGAAAGAGUUUCCACCGCCAAUAACAUCGCUGGCUCGCACUGGGAACUUGUCUUCCCAUAUGCCUUGGGUUUUGAGGCGAUACUACACUGAUGAUGGAAGAUUGAUUAUUAGAGAAGAGAGGGUGAAGCAUCAUGAGUACUUCCAGGCUCACAGAUCAAAUGGCCGUCUUACCUUGAAGCUUGUUCCCCUAGACGAUGAAGUUUAUCCCCCCUAUCCCCAAGGUCUCGCUGACGAUUUAGAUGACAGUGAGAGUGAGUUUGAGAAUUGUCAAGAAGAAGUACCAGAUGAACUCGAUGACUGUCACACUGAUGAAGUUGACGACGACGAAGAAGAAGUACAACCUGGGACUGAUAACUGUAGCAGUGAAGAAGCAGUUAAAAAUGAGCUAGAGAACUGUCUCGUCAAUGAAGAAGAAGAUGAUGAAGAGCUUGAUAACCGUAGAAGUAAAGAAGAAAAAGAGGACAAGCAAGAAACAGUCAUUAUAGAUCAAUACAAAGACACACAAGUGAAUGAGAAUGGAGGAGACUAUGCAUUUGAUAAUGGUGUGAACUAUUUCCAUAGUUGUAAUGACAUUACAGUGAAGGAUGUCGUGUACGAAGAUCAAAGAGUUCCUUCAGUGGAAACUGGGACUAGUGGAAUUGGUGGAAAUAUGAGUGCAUUCAAGUGCUUGAAUAUUUACAACAGUACCGUGAGACCAGACUCCAAUUGCAUAUUUGGGGUGCCAGUAUCACCUCUUAGGCCAGUUCAUGGUUAGACAAUAAAAAUUCUAGAGUAUUUAUUAUCAUUAUUAUUAUUUUUGGGGAAUGGGGACGAUGUGGGUGGUUCAGUUUUAGGUUUGAGGUGAGUCAUCUUUAUUGAUAGAUUUAGCUUUGCUUUCAUGCUCCAGGAGGCUGUUAGUGCCAUGUCAAGAUUCAAGAGAGUAGGAAUUAAUCCUUAUAUUCUGUCUAUAUAUCAGUACUAGUGAACUCUCAUUUGAAAUCUGAUUGAGCUUUUGUUUUUCUGAUUC